CGACAGCUCCAGUUCAAGGGUUCCUGAACUUCCUGACAAGCUACAACAUCUUGUACCUCGACCUUUCCCCAAGAGCUGUCGUCAGUUGUUUGGAAGAAAAUAACAAAAGCUCUUGUACGCCCACUUCCACUUCGCCCACAGAAAUAUCAACCGUGGUUCAGCUUUCUUUGGAUUGGAUCCAGAAAUAAAGAAGAAAAGACCCCUCCGACUUUUAGUUCCUAGAACCGGACUCGAGUCCGCUCCAGCUUCCAGGGCAUCAAUUGCGCGCCGGCAUACCUACCUACCUACCUACCGACCCAGCAACAAGAAUACAGCCAGAUUAGAAACAGAGAACAGAAGGGAACAGACAAAAGAUGCAACCGUAUUCUUCAAACCUGCCGCACCAGCUGCCGCCCGACCACAGCUAUCACCACGAUCCUCAUCACCACAAUCCUCACGCGUCUCCAUACCCCCCGCGUCAUCACCAACUGCAGCAACACCAGUUCCCUUCCAUGGCCCCUCCCAACGCGCCACCACCGCCCCAUACAAACCCAUACCAAGAUCCCACCAUGUCCGGCUCCGGGUCUUCGGCUCCUCCUCCUGCCCCCGGCCCCGGUGGUUCCAGUCACGGUGAUGGAAGCAGCCACGGCGGCCAAUUACAAGCGACCCCGCCAUCCCAGCAGCAGCUACAAGAACGAGCGCCCUUGACGGCCGAGGAAAGGAUGCAGCAGGAGCAAAACUUGAAGCCGUACUCGGGGACGGAUAGUCAGGGGAGGAUGUAUUCGCUUGAAGUUGUGCAACAACCACAACGUGCGCGAAUGUGUGGUUUUGGUGAUAAGGAUCGAAGACCUAUCACACCCCCUCCCUGUGUUAAACUGGUUAUCAGAGAUGCGAAAACUGGGAAAGAGAUUGAUUGCAAUGAAAUCGAAUACUCCAUGUUCAUCUGCAACGUCAGCCUAUACACAGAAGACGCCCUGAAGGAAGUAAACCUCGUCCGACACACGACUUCAACGCCCUCCAUCUCUUCCACCACCCCAGCUUCGUACGCCUCCCUCGAGCAAACGACGCCCGCCUAUUCGCAUAUUCUGCCGUCGAAUCGAGAUGUGGGCUAUGGGCAUCAUCAAGGGAUGCCGUAUCAAGGGAACCCGGGCAUGAAUCCGUAUGAUAUGCAGACGAGUCCUUACCAGGCCGGCUUCGUAAACGGAAACCCCUACGGCGCCCCCGCCCCCUCGCACUACCAAUACAACCAACCACUUCCGCCCCAACCCGGGCCAUACGGCGCCCCGCGAGGUCCUUACGAUCACCCUGGAGCUCAGUAUGGAGGCGGUGUUGGUGGCAUGCCCGGUGGUGUAGGCGGACCUCUGCAGCAAAGAAUGUCGGUCAGCAGUGUUGGUGGCCAGGGCGGACAGCAGCCCCAGGGCAUGUUCACGAGGAACCUGAUCGGAAGCUUGGUAUGCAGCGCCUUCCGGCUGACGGACACGAACGAUAAGAUUGGAAUUUGGUUCGUGAUGCAGGAUUUGAGUGUGAGGACUGAGGGUGUUUUUAGGCUCCAAUUCUCCUUCGUAAACGUCGGUCUCCCCACCCCCCUUCCCUCGGGAUCGUCCGGUUCCAGCACGGGAAUCAACCAGUCCAAGGCUCCGAUCCUCGCCUCCGUCUUCAGCGAGCCGUUCCAGGUGUUUAGCGCCAAGAAGUUCCCGGGAGUGUGCGACAGCACGGCGCUGAGCAAGUGUUUUGCGACGCAGGGCAUCAAGAUUCCCAUCAGAAAGGAGGGGGCGAAUAGUAAGAAUAAUGAGGAUGAUGAUGAUUAUUAGGGUGGUUAGUUAGCCUUGGACAUCAUAGGGGAGGGGGAAUGGAUACAGAAUAGGAAGGAAAGAGGAAGUUCUGACAUGACGACUUACCGAACAAUCUCGGGAAACUCAGAAUGGCUCUCUAGGGUUAAAGAUGUCCGGCAGUCAUACUUUGGCUACUGAC